CGUAGCAUACAGCUAAUAACGAAGGUGCCGUAUUUCUCGUGACAAAAAGGAGGCGAAAAAGGUGUUUUUUUUUCUUUACGAGGAAGGGUUUACCGGAGAAACUUUGCGCGGCACAAAGGAACGGUUAGUGUGCAAGCCUGCAAGCGCGAGAGAACCUCUCGACACCCCGGCAGCGCCAGAUAACGAAGCUGAUACAACGGAUAACCGAUCCGAAGUUAAGGGACAAACUUGUAGAAGCGCACGUUUCUACUCGAAGGCAGAAGCGUAUUUAUUGAAUUACAAAAAGACGAGCGUUACGUCAGAUCAUAAUGAAGAGAUACUCGUCGGCACCUUGUCUAGAAGAUGUUGGCAAUGACGCUAAAAGAACAAAAGGAAUUAAGCAAUACGCGCAUCCAACUACAAGGGAAUAUCUUCAGUUGGCUUUAGCCAAAGUCCUAGAAUUACAACGAGAGAUCAGGGAAGGCACAUACGUUGCAGAAACCGAUAAUAGUGAUCAGGACGCAUCCGGCAGUGAGGAAGAUUUAACGAAGGAAAUUUUUACGAAAGUUUUUCAAGAUCUACCCGGGACACCCAGUUCUCUCGCUAAAAUAAUAGAUAGAGAAACACGCUGGAAAAAUCACCGUAUGGAUGCCGUUUACAGUAAACGGAUACAAUUACUAGGUUUCGAUACUUGUCGGAGAAUGGCUCUUGAAUUCAUGAACACCAUCAUGCGCGAAUCGCGAAACAAGUCUUCCUCAUUAAGCACAGUCAAAUUCAAUGAUCUUCAACGAUACGAGUCGUUACAUUUGGAAGAUGGAAUUCUAGCGAGUGAUAUUCGCAAACGGGAGUCAAACGCGCAAGAAAUUCGAGUGAGAAUGUUGAGAAGUUUGGAUUUGCAUUUGGCUGCUAAACAAAGAGACUAUACGUCCAAAUUAAUGAGAUCGGGUAUUUAAUACUGCAUACGACACCUUCGAGUGGAAAUGCAUUGAGUGCGGAAAAUCCCCAAAUUUAAUAUAUUCUUCAAUAUGUGCAGCGUUAUUGGCAUUAAUAUAAUGAAAGUUCAGCAUACACAUAUAUUUAUGCACUAUCUCGCUCUUUACACAUUAAUAUCACAUUUG